AUGCCGAAGGGCCACGAGUUUUCUGUGGAAGUUAAAGCUAUGAUGUUCAAAGUGAUUUGUUACGUCGAAAGUGAAAAAUCUGGUGCGGUAAUCCCUGUCAACGAACGUUUGGUUGCCAUGCUUGGUAUCUCAGCUCAGUCAGUGAAAAACUUAAAACAUGAAAUGUCAACACAGCCAACACUGGAUGAACUGAUAGACGAGCCGACUGAAUUGAUUCGAACCAGAUUACGUCACUCUUCAUCUGCCACAACCACCCAGAUGUCCUUACCAUAUCCAGCUUCGCCCAAGAAAAUACGACAUAGUGGUCGCUUCUUCGACAUUCUCCUGUUGUCUUGUGAUUUAGGACCAAGGCUAGUAAUCAGUGCCAUGAUCAGUAAAGAUGGGUUCCAUGAAAGUACAGUUGACGUAUGGGAAACCUCUAAGGAGCCUAAUAUGACGUCGUCUCUUUUUGUGCAAUGGAUUUUUAAAGCAGCAGCAGCUCUGCGAGCAGAACAUGAUACAUCGAAAAUUUGUAUAAUAGUAGAUAAUGCGCCAUGGCAUAACGAAGCGACCGAUGAAACAAAAAUGCCAAAACGCUCAUGGAAGAGAGCACAAGUCCUACAGUGGCUUGAUGAUCACAAAGUGCCGUAUUAG